AAAAAGACCAUAAAGAAUUAAUAACUUUUGAAUCUGAAUCUACAUCUUCUUAUCCUAAUAAAGUAAAGAACAAAAAGUCAAGUCUCUUGUCUUUUCAUUCUCUUUUAAUUGAGCACAAACCAGAAACAGACAAGUCAGUUCCUCAGAGACUGUCCAAUGCCUCAACUGGAUGGUCUGGAUCGCUCUAGGGUCUCCACGGCCAAGCUUCUUUCUGUGGUCGUGGACGGCGACUAUUACGGCGGAUCCUCUGCAGCUGUUCCCUUCAAAUGGGAAUCUCAGCCCGGAACUCCAAUGAGACUCUUCAAACGAUCUUCAGGUUCUGAUUCCGAUUUCAAUUCUCCUGUUUCAGCUCCACUCACACCUCCUCCUUCUUACUUCGGUGCUUCUCCUUCUCCUUCCUCUACAAAACCUAAAAGAGCCAAUGUACGUUCUGGUUCCUUGGUCCACAAGAACCGUAGCGUCCCGUCGUCUCCGGCCGCUUCAUCUUCAUCAUCCUCGUCUUCAAUGUCUUCUGUGCCAUCUUCUCCAAUGAGGACUUCGGAUUUGUACGGAAGGAACAGCAGAACACCAAUGUGGUACGGAUCUAAACAUUACAAUGCUAGUAGGUCUUCAGGAUGCUACGGUUCCAUCAUCAAGCUGUUUCUGAGAGAUGUCAAAUAGUUAUGUUUUUCAUAACAUCUCCAAAAAUAUGUUGGUUUUCUACUCCUUCUUGUAAUCUUGGAAAUAAUUUUCUGAAACCAAUUGUCCUCAGAUUCAUUUCAUCUCAAUGAAUCAACUCAUAAGUCAUAA